AUGGUGGUUAGUGUUCCAUUGAGACUGCUGUAUGAGUCCCAAGGAUUUGCCGUCAGUAUAGAGACGGACAGUGGAUGCAUGUACCAAGGAUUGCUUAAGGAGAUAGACGACUGUAUGAAUGCAGAGCUUGUGGAUGUAUCUGUAUUGUCAAAAGAAGGCCUGGAGAGAAAGAAGGAGGUUUUUAUCAGGGGAUCUGCAAUUGUGCUGUUUGCACUGCCACCAGCAUUGAAGUUUGCACCGUUCUUGAACAAAACAAAGUAA